AUGGAUAUAUUGAAGGUUAUCUUACAGAUGGACCGAUGGGCUUUACAGAAGUUUAGACUGAGAACAUCAGUAAAUAAAAGUUUGCCAGCUACGCAUUUUGCUGUUACAGUGAGAGACUACGGAGCUCAACAAGAACAAGAAGAGACGUUAGAGGAAUAUUUCACAUCCAAACAUUCCCCAUACAACGUAGAUACCAGCUGGAGUAACGAAGCCAAAGAAUUACGUGACAUUGCUGUCAAGUCGCCAUGGCUGAUUGACGAUAAAUUCAUAUUAAAACAUUUCAAGACUAUUAGGAUUAUAGAUAAAAAGGUUACAGAAGUGGACAGCGAUUUAUUAAAAUUUGAAAAUUUAACUGAACUGACCUUAAGCUGCAAUUAUUUAGAAACGGUCAAUUCUAAGAGUUUACCUGCCAGUCUAGAGGUUUUAGAAUUAUGCGCCAAUAGAAUUAGUGAUCUCUCGUCACUGUGUGACAGUCCACCGCCAUUACAGCAUUUAGGGCUUGGACUCAAUAAGAUAUCAUUCCUAGAUGAUUACAUUACUGAUGCUCACUGGCCGCAUCUCCUGUCUCUUGAUCUUAGUCAUAACGAUCUAUGCGACCUAAUAGAGGUGAUCCGAAAACUACAGACUUUACCGAAGCUGCGGAAUCUAGUCUUAUUAGGCAACCCCUUAGCUUUCAUUCCAGGGUAUCGUGGUUUUGUAAUUGACAGUCUUAAAAAAUUAGCCAUACUGGAUGACUUUCGUGUGACAGCCGAUGAGAGGCAUCAUUUCCGUGGUCUCUCCAAGAGAAAAGAAUUUAUUUUAGAUGAGGCACGGCUGACCAUCAAUAUUCAGAUAGUGAAAGGAAUAGGUAUGCCCGAAGAGUUGCAGAAUCCUGAUGAGCAACCCGAGUUUCCGACCGUGGACAGGAAGUACUAUGUGGAGUAUGAUUUCAUAGAAAGUGCGCUACCACGGCCGACCAGUGUGCUGGAUCAGCGUGGAGGAGAUGGAACUAUCUCGGGUAUAGACAAACAGAGUGGUGUUGAAAUUUUAUCUUCCGUCACGCCUGUACGUGAAAAUGACAGUGCUUUGAUGGGUGCCGAUGACAGUGAACGAGCAGUGUCACAAAUCAGCGGGGCAGAAGAACCCAAAUUAGAGUUCUCGGGUACGUUUUUCACUGCUGUGGGGGACGAGUCGACAUCGGCCACCCCAACGGUCAAGUCUGAAACCCCUAAACCUACAGGUCUGAAGCUAGCACCAGCCAGGACAGACGGGUUGCCAUGGGUUGAGGACGGUAUUGAGUUAGGCUACUCUUUUGAGUUCACCGUUGAUGAUCUGCCGGCUCUCAAGGAGUAUUUCAAGAAUGGGAUGAGUCUGUCUGUUAAGGAGGAUAAGGUGUUGUCCUUUCCUGUGGAAGAGGAAGGCGGUCAGAAGAAGAGUGAAAAGGAUGCGAGUAAAGAGAAAGGCAAGGGAAAAGACGGCAAAGAUAAAGAUAAGGCAAAAGACAAAGGUGGUAAAGACGCCAAAGAUGGUAAGAAGAAGAAAAAAGGUGAGCCUGACAUUGAGAUGCGUAGUUUGCCGGCAGAGACAACUGUACUCGGCACUUAUAAACUUGACUUGGAUGACUUUAUAGAAGGGGAAUACUAUCUUGAAGAGACGUUUACGUGUCGAGGAAUGGAGGAAGCGGAACAAAAUAAAGAUGAGACUGCUAGUGUUAGUAAGAAGGAUAAAAAGAAGAAGAAAGAGCGAGGGGAAUCUCCAAAGACAAAGAAAGUGAAAGAUGCAAAGUCAGACAAAGGUAAUAAAGACAAGGGUAAAGACAAACCAGACAAGAAAGGUGGCAAGGUGGACAAGAAGGACAAGGCCAAGAAAUCUGGAUCAGCUAAAUCCAAUGUCAGUGAGAACCAGGACGGGGAAGACAAACCAAAGGAAAAGCCGCCGCUGACCGUACAGAUUGAGAUUGAACUGCAUCAUUGGGAGUCAGCUGCGGACGCUAUCGUCAAACCAAAAAUUGAAAAAAGUGAACCGCCACCAAAUGAUGAAGCAAACUAAAAAGAAAUUAAUUAAAAGAACUUUUAGGUAGCUCAUAAAUGAAUGCAAACAAAAUAGCCACUCAAGUAGACUACAAAUAUCAUGCCAACGUUUAUUUGAAUCAAUAGAAUGUCACAAUUUCAGUAUAUGCAUAAUAAAAAUGAUGAAACCAUUUUGGAACGUAAUGUUUUCAUUCUCUGUGUAUUAUGAUAUAUUAUAUAAAAAGGGGUGCAUACAGUGCCAACAUUCAGCACAGUGGGAUUCGGGAGUGCCUGAAUGUUAAAUAGACAAAUUAUAAGGGUAAAGUUCAGUGUGUAAGCGCAUUAAUAAUUCAAAAUAUUCCUACGCAGUGUGCGAUGUCGGAGUCAGAAAACCUAAUUUCAACUUUAGCGUAUAUAUGACUGACCAAUCAAAGUUGUCAUAGGACA